AUGAGCUCGGCGUCUGCCCCACGGCUGCGCGCGCUCCAGCGGCACCUGGGCUCCCGGGAGGGCAGAGGCAUGGAGCCAGUCCGCAGCCCGCUGACCACACACGUGCUGGACACUGCCUCCGGGCUCCCAGCCCAAGGCCUCUGCCUCUGUCUGUCGAGGCUCGAGGACCAUGGCCAGCAGUGGACAGAACUGAGGAGAAGCUACACCGACCCCGAUGGCCGCUGCCCUGGGCUCCUGCUGCCAGGCCAGAUGAAGGCGGGCACCUACAAGCUGACCUUCGAUACCGAGGGUUACUGGAAGAAAAGGGGGCAGGACAGCUUCUAUCCUUAUGUGGAGGUCGUUUUCACCAUCACAAACGAGACCCACAAGUUCCACGUCCCCCUGCUGCUGAGCCCAUGGUCCUACACCACCUACCGAGGGAGCUGA